AUGGAUACAAGACGAGCACUUCGCAACUGCUGUUGGCCUGUGUCGUCGUGGGCGCACUCACCGCGCACCAACUGGACCUCCAUUCAAACUGGCGUUUCCUGCCCACUGCUGCUGACUUGGCUUCACCUGCUAUGUCAUUGCACACGUGCACACGCUGGUUUAGCCCAACAGACGCUGUCCACGGGGCCCAGUAUUCAGAAGGACAUCUUCCUGCUCGAGAACCAGAUCCCCUGGCUGGUGCUCGACGCGCUCGCGGAGUUCAUGUUCGUCGACGUGCGCGGGUUCGUCGCCGGGAUGGGCGACAAGUUCCUCCCCUGGAAGGGAAGGAAGAAGCCGGAGGAUGGCCGCUGCUGCCGCCGGGGGAUGCGCUGUGGUUGCAUCCCGACGGCGCAGGCCAAGACGACGCGGCCGUCCGAUGAAGAAAGCCGCGGCGUCGUCGGCAGCACCGAACAGCACAAGCCGCCGCAUCUCCUCGGUCUGCUCAGGUUUACUCAGGUGGGCUGCAUGCCUGAGCAGCAGCGCCGUGGAGCUCGCGGAGAUGGGCGUCGUCCUCACACCGAGCAAGGAGUCUUCGGGGACAUGAGCCUCCGGCGGUGCUGCCUGUACGGCGAGCUGUCGCUGUCGCCGGUGUUCCUGAGCGACGUCACCGGGUGCUGGCUCGUCAACAUGGCGGCGCUGGAGGCGAGCACCGCCGGCGCGGCCAGGGACACGGACGGCUUCGUGGUGAGCUCCUACCUGUCGGUGCUCGCGAUGCUCAUGGACCGCAAGGAGGACGUGCACGAGCUCCGGCGGCGGGGCGUGGUGCACGGUGCCCUGAGCAACAAGCAGGCGCUGGGCUUCUUCAAGGGCCUCGGCCAGCACCUGCGCUUCGGCCGCCGCUACUUCGCCGCCCUGGAGGAGAUCGACUCGUACAAGCGCCACAGGUCGGUGAGGAUCAAAGCGUACAAGUUCGUCUACAACUACAAGAAGUUCAUCGUCGCCUUCCUGUCUGUCACCGGCGUGCUCAUCGGCAUCUUUAAGACCCUUCUCUCACUCAAGCGCCAUUGCUAA